ACAACCAGUCACGGAAUGUGUGCAAUCAGAACAGGUGGAAACCAGGGAGCCAUAUAUGAUUAUAAUCAUGUCGCUUGUGGCCAGCUUGAAAGAGCUUUUCCAGGCGCGAAACGGUGUUAGUUGGUGCAGCGAUGCGUCACAGGAAAUAACCCUGCUUAUACACCUCUUAGACGGAUGGUCUGGUCGCCGAUGGAUUGCAAGAUCGUCGAUCUUUUGGGGGAACUGGACAUCACAAACAAUCGAGCACUUCGGCCAACGAAACAUCAUCGCAAGUGUUGGACUUGUUCAAGGAAAUUCGGCCGCUAAAAGUGGACUGCCGCGGGGGACAAUUGUGAAGAAAACUCCCACCCGGUUUCCGCAUCCUGCUACAAAGUCAACACCAAAUCCGACUUCCUGCUUCUGCUCAUCAUCGACGAAGCCUGUCGGAGAUGGUGGUUUAUUCCAGUAUCCGGAAGUUGAGGGUGAUUGAUGAAGUGAGUUGGGCCCUUCCUGCAUACAGGAAGCAACCCAGACUUCCCGUCCUCAAUGCCAAUGGAUUUAAUUUAAUUACCAUUGGGGUUGUUAAAAGAAAAAUAUUCGCAAUGGUUUCGUGAAUAAAGAAUAAAGAAAAUAAUUGAAAAUA